AUGGCAAAAUAUAAGAAAUGCAGGCGAAAACGAAGAGCCCGAGCAAAAUUCCUACUGGAAAAAAAAGGAGAUGCUGCACACCCCCAGGGCUCAGGUUGUCCUUCUCCAAGAUUGGCAGGUGAUCUUCCUCUGAACACAUCAUCUGUUCCAAGCCAUCUGUCCUCACUCUGGUCAUUAGCCUUGCCCAGUGUAAAAGAUGUGGUAAAACCCUUUACAACAACAGCAUCGUUUUUGUACUGCUGGUGCCAGAACACAGUUGCACAGAGUUUUAAGGUGGUUAAAGACACCAUAUUUCCAUCACAAAUCUACUUAAAGGAGCUAAAUACGUUCAGAGAGCAGCUGGAAAAGCUGGAAACUGAAUUUUCCAGACUACAAGGGACACUCCAGAUGAAUGGAAUUGCAGCCUUUUCUUCAGAAAAUUCUCUUUGUCAAAGGUGUAAUAAACCAGUUCUGGGUGCUCCUGUACAAACACAGAUGGGCCCGCUGCCAUCGGUACCCGGGCCUUCUGCAAUACAGCUGCAGCCUGUGUCUGCACCCCCUCCACCUCUGCCGCCGCCGCCACCACCGCUGCCCCCACCAAAACUGCCUCCAGCACCUCUCCUCCUCAAAAGGGCCAAUGGCUCUAAAGCACCUCUGGCACUGCCACUGAAGAAAGAUGGGCCGAUGCAGGUCACUCUCAAAGACCUCCUGAAUGUAAAACUGAAGAAGACGGACAGCAGCCUGAGAAUGGACAAGGCAGAAUCACCACUGAAAACAUGCAGGGCAUUAAUUACCGUCUCAGAUUUACAGAGUAUUAGCCUGAGACCUAAAUCCAAGCCAUCAGCUCAUGUUACAAAAUCCUUAAUUACCCCUCCUAAAAAUCAGUUAGAUCUUCGAAAACAUCUGAAGAAAGUCAAUAUACAAAGAAGUCCUGGUGGCACUCCACUAAAUAAUAAAGAAAACAUUGAAUGUGGGUCUGGGUUGACACCAAUAAUGACACAGGCACUACGGCGCAAAUUUCAGAUGGCUCACCCAAAGAGUCCCUCACCUGCCCGGUUAAGCGCUGCAAACAGCUUUGAUGAACAAAAGUAG